AUGGCCGUACGUGGAUAUCCCCGCACGCUGCAGCAGUGUAGGGACAAGUUGAAGAAGCUUAAGAGUGACUACAGGGCCAUUAACAGAAGGAGUUGGCGGUGGUUUGCUGAGAUGGACGCCAUUUACGGUCACAGGCCGUCUAACAAUGGACGGGAGUGUGGUGUGGACUCGGCCUCCUCGUUGCUUCUGUCCAUUGAGGAUCAAUCCCUUCCCACGACGGAGAUGACAGACGAGCCCCCACGGUCCCCAUCCCCUAUCCCUGGAGAACCACCGGCAGCGGCCUCCACCCAGGCAGCGGCCUCGAUUACUGCGGAGUCUGAGAUCUCGAGCAACACGCAGCGUGUGGUCACCGGAACGCGAAGAAGGGGGCUCUUUGAGUCCGACACGGUGGCGGUGCUGCGGGAGAUGCAUGCUGCGGAUCGGGAAGAGCAUGCACUGGAUCGGGAAGAGCAUGCAUGGAUCGGGAAGAGCAUGCGCUGGAUCGGGAAGAGCAUGCGCUGGAUCGGGAAGAGCAUGCGCUGGAUCGGGAAGAGCAUGCGCUGGAUCGGGAAGAGCAUGCGCUGGAUCGGGAAGAGCAUGCGCUGGAUCGGGAAGAGCAUGCGCUGGAUCGGGCAUGCGCUGGAUCGGGCAGAGCAUGCACUGGAUCGGGCAGAGCAUGCGCUGAACCGGGCACAGCGUGAUGCACAUCUCCAGGAAUACACAACAGUCCAGGGAUUACAGAUGGAAAAUAGCCCUUAG